AUGAUGGAGAAGAAGUACUUUAAAACUCAAAGCAUAUUCCUUUUAGAGUUUCUCUACGAGUUUUAUUUUUAUUUACAAAUUGUUUCGGUUUUACGAAGUAUUCAUCAAAAAUAUAAAGACUUGGAUGGUCUGAUAAAGAAAAACUGCAACAUCAUGAGCAAAAAGCUUACCAAGGAGCUGAUCAAAAUGGAGAGAAUAAUAAGGGUCAACGAAAAUUAUGUCGCAGACUUCAACACGAUUUUUGGAUGGCCGCUGUUUUUGUUUCUAUGUUCAAGUUUAACCAACGUAUUGGGCUGUAUAAAUGUAUCUCUCGUUCAAUAUUAUUCAACGAAAUUCGCCUUUGAUUCAAGAAAGAUUUCCAUACAAUGUGUUUUCGCUUUAGUGUAUUUGACGUCGCUUUUAGUAAUCGUUAAUUUGUGCGACAAAAUCGAGAAGGCAACCGAUAAAGUAGCAAAAUUGUGCUACAGCUACCAAGAAAAUUUCGCCGCGUUUCCGAAUGUUAGAGAGGAGCUGUUUAUAUUGGCCAGAUGCGCAAAAAAUCACAAACCCAGUUUCACAGCGGGGUUUUAUACAUUUAAUAGACCCACUUUGACGUCGCUUUUAGUAAUCGUUAAUUUGUGCGACAAAAUCGAGAAGGCAACCGAUAAAGUAGCAAAAUUGUGCUACAGCUACCAAGAAAAUUUCGCCGCGUUUCCAAAUGUUAGAGAAGAGCUGUUUAUAUUGGCCAGAUGUGCAAAAAAUCACAAACCCAGUUUCACAGCGGGGUUUUAUACAUUUAAUAGACCCACUUUGGUGGGCUUAUUGGCCGGGACAAUCUCUUACACCAUCAUCAUUGUGCAGUUUAACAUUAACAAAAAUUAG